AUGAACACCACUGUUACACCAUCAGACCUGGUGGAUGUGCCAAGACAGCAGAACUUCAAUGGCACCCUAGGCACACAGACCCCUUCCGGUUGGGCUGUCAUCCACACCGCUACCUUGACCUUUUGCUCUCUCCUCCUAAUCUUCAUCUUCUGCUUGGGCUCUUAUGGGAAUCUCGUGGUGUUCUUGUCCUUUUUUGACCCAGCGUUUCGCAAGUUCCGCACCAACUUUGACUUCAUGAUCCUCAACCUGUCCUUUUGUGAUUUGUUCAUUUGCUGCGUGACCGCCCCCAUGUUUGCACUGGUGCUCUUCCUGGAUGCAGGCGGAGGGGAUGGCGUCUCAAAGAGUUUCUGCUUUGCUUUCCACUUGACCAGCUCGGGCUUCAUCAUCAUGUCGCUGGAGACGGUGGCUGUCAUUGCUUUGCACAGACUGCGCAUGGUCCUGGGACAGCAGCCUAACCGCACCGCCUCCUUCCCUUGCACGUUGGCCCUCACUGCCCUGCUGUGGACAUCCAGCUUCACCAUGGCUGCUCUCCUUACCAUGCGAGCAUACCCACGCAGAGAUGGACCCUGCUUGCCCCACUUUGGCCUGGGAGGUGGACAGGCCAGGGUUGUGUUGUAUGUCUACCUGGCAGACUUUGCAUUCUGUGUAGCUGUGGUUUCUGUAUCUUAUCUGAUGAUUGCUCAGACACUGCGGAAGAAUGCACAAGUAAGGAAAUGUCCCAUCAUCACUGUUGAUGCCACAUGCCCUCCACCCCCACCACCUCUCAUUGCAGCAGGCUUUGAGAGCAUGCAGUGUGCUGUUCAGGGCCCUUCUCUCUACUGUAACCAGGCUUACAACAAACUGCAGAACGUUCAGACACACUCUUAUGGCAACAGGAACAGCCAGCCUCUGGUUCCAGGGGCUGCCCAAGGAGCCACCUGCUGUCAGCUAGUGUCCACAGUCAACUUGGCCACAGCCAAAGACUCUAAGGCAGUUGUCACCUGUGUAGUUAUAGUGUUCUCUGUGCUGCUUUGCUGCUUGCCAAUGGGAAUUUCACUGGCACAGGAUGUUUUGUCCCCAGAAAGUAGCUUUGCACAUUACCAGUUUGAACUGUGUGGCUUUGUGCUCAUUUUUCUCAAAUCAGGCAUCAAUCCCUUUGUCUACUCACGCAACAGUGCAGGGCUCCGCCGCCGUGUGCUGUGCUGUAUUCAGUGGGCAGCACUGGGGUUUCUCUGUUGCAAGCAAAAGACUCGCCUGCACGCGAUGGGAAAGGGUAGCCUGGAAGUCAAUAGAAAUAAAUCCUCCCAUCAUGAGACCAACUCAGCCUAUGUACUGUCACCAAAGCCUCAGAGGAGGCUAGUAGACCAGGCUUGUGGGCCAAGUCACUCCAGAGACUGUGCUGGUAGUCCAAGGGCCACAGGUGUGCGUAAACUUCGCCCCCCAAGUACAUCUACACCCAUCAACACCCGCAUCGAGCCCUACUACAGUAUAUACAACAGUAGUCCCUCUGCAGGGCCCAGCUCCCCCACAAGCCUGCAACCUGUCAGCUCUCAGACAUUUGCGUUUGCCAAGUCUUAUGUAGCCAUGCACUACCACACUCACCAAGACGCACUACAAGACUUUGAAAGUACCUCAGUGCACCAGAUUCCCAUUCCUUCCGUCUAA